AUGUCUCUCCCCACUGCUCAUCCCUCCCUUUCCCUUUCCCUUCCCGUUUUCCCGCUCCAGAAGAAGGAUCCAGCCCAAUUCCUGCAGGUCCACGGCCGGGCCUGCAAAAUCCACCUGGAUUCAGCCGUGGCCUUGGCUGCCGAGAGCCCGGUGAACAUGAUGCCCUGGCAAGGGGACACCAACAACAUGAUCGACCGCUUCGACGUGCGGGCGCACCUGGAUCACAUCCCCAGCUACAGCCCGGCCCUGCUGAGCCCCAUUUCCCCGGAGCAGGAAUCGGACGAGCGCAAAUGCAACUACGAGCGCUACCGCGGCCUGGUCCAGAACGACUUCGCCGGCAUCUCGGAGGAGCAGUGCCUGUACCAGAUCUACAUGGAUGAGCUCUACGGGGGCCUGCCCAAGCCCAACGAGGAGGAGAAGAAGAAGCUGGCGGAGAAGAAGGCUUCCAUUGGCUACACCUAUGAGGACAGCACCGUGGCCGAGCUGGAAAACAGCGCGGAGAAGGGCCCGGGAGAGGAGGAUUCCGAGGAGGAAAACAGCAACACGGAUGAGGAUGAAGUCAUUCCUGACAUUGAUGUGGAAGUGGACGUGGAUGAGCUCAACCAGGAGCAAGUGGCCGACCUCAACAAGCAGGCGACCACCUAUGGCAUGGCCGAGGGGGACUUGUCCGCCUUCAUCCCAAGGAUGCUGCGCAAGGACAAGGAGGAGGCUGAGGCCAUCAAGAAUGCCAAGGCUCUGGAAGAGGAGAAGGCCAUGUACUCGGGCCGACGUUCCCGGCGCCAGAGGAGGGAAUUCCGGGAGAAGCGCUUGAAAGGCAGGAAGAUCAGCCCCCCAGGUGGCUACGCCCGCCGCGACAGCCCCACUUACGACCCCUACAAACGCUCCCCCUCGGAGUCGAGCUCGGGGUCCCGCUCCCGCUCGCGGACGCCGUCUCCGGGCCGCGAGGAGAAGAUCACCUUCAUCACCAGCUUCGGCGGCAGCGACGAGGAGCCCGCCACCGCCGGUACCGCCGCCACCGGCACCGCGCCCGGUAGAGCCCGCGCGGCACCGGGGCCAGGCCACGGCGCCUCGUCCCGGCGCCGCGCGUCGUCUCCGUCGUCGUCGUCGUCGUCGUCGCCGUCGUCGUCCUCUUCCUCGUCCAGCUCCCGCUCCAGCUCCCGCUCCCGCCGCGGCGGCGGGGGGGGGGGUUCCUCGCGCCGCUACGGGCACGGCCGCCGCUAUUCCCGCUCGCGCUCGCGCUCCCGCCGCUAUUCCGGGAACGGGCGCCGCCGAUCCAGGUCCUAUUCCCCGGAGCGGGGCCAUCGCUACGGCUCCCGGCGCCGCUCCAGGAGCCGCUCCCGGCGCCGGCGCCACUGGAGCAGCAGCCGGAGCAGCCGGAGCCGCAGCGAUUCCCGCAGCGCCAGCAGAUCCCAGUCUCCGGAGCGGGACAAGGCUCCGCGCCCCACAGCAUCGCCCGCCGUGGGGGAGAAGCUGAAAAAGCCUGACAGUGCAGCCGGUAAAGAGACGGGAGCUGCCAAACCCAAGCUGACCCCGCAGGAGAAGCUGAGGCUACGCAUGCAGAAGGCGCUGAACCGGCAGUUUAAAGCUGACAAGAAGGCAGCGCAGGAGAAGAUGCUGCAGCAGGAACACGAGAGACAGGAGCGGGAGGACGAGCUCCGAGCCAUGGCCCGGAAGAUCCGCAUGAAGGAGCGGGAACGCCGGGAGAAGGAGCGGGAGGAGUGGGAGCGCCAGUACAGCCGCCAGAGCCGGUCCCCGUCCCCCCGCUACAGUCGGGAAUACAGCUCGUCCCGGAGGCGCUCCCGGUCGCGGUCCCGCAGCCCCCAUUACCGGCACUGAGGGGCC